AUGGGAUAUGAUCAUCAAUUCAGCACUAUAAGGGUCUUUGUAAAUACGGUUGCAGGAGUAGGCCAGAGAGGCAUGGGCGCUGGCUCUGGGCUCACUGAGUAUCUGAAACAAAGUCCCAUAAACCUCACUGAUCAUGAGAUGGGCAUGGACCCAGAGGGAUGUUCUUGGAAUGCGAGGAAUAAUAACAAGCCAAUGGAUGAGAUUACUAAACCCUGUGUGGAGUUUGUUGAUGUUGACAUUCCUAACUACAAUUAUGACUUUAAGAAGGCCAUAACGCUGUUCAAUACAAAGACACAAAUGUGGGAGCCUGAGCUUUUAAAGCCAGAUAGAGGGACAAAAAAGGAGCAAGGUUGGCGCCCGUCUAGUCUGAUUCGAGUCAAACGCUCAGAGAAGGAAGCCGUAGACGAAGAGAAUAAAGAGAAGGAAACCGUAGACGAAGAGAAAAAAGACAGAGAAGAAGAGAAGGAGCCAAAAGAAGUGGAAGAGGAAAUGGAGCCCCGGAGAAACGAUGAAACAGUGAUAAUUGUACGACCACAUGGAACUGAGUCGCAUGCAGAGUCGGAUAUUGAGAGUAUCUUGGUAGCAAAAACAGCUGAGAAAGAACUUCUGGAAACCAUAGGGAUGGACAAGGAAAUAAAGCUUAAAGGUCCUACCAAUACUAUCGGAGGACCAUCGAAUAAUGCGCAAUCUGGUAAAACUCAUGCAGAUUCGGUGGAGGAUACUGGACCUGAGGCUUUAAAAGCGAUGGACGGUCGGCUUAUGAAAGCAGUCGAAGAUGCUGUGAAGGAUGCUAUGAAGGAUGCUGUGAAGGAUUUGAAGAAAACAAUCUCUUCAUUGUCUGACAAGCUAACUCUUCUAGAAGACGAAGUGAAAAGUCUUAGGUCGAGUGGUGAUAAUCCGUCGGAGGAGAAUAAGGACUCGGACGAAGAGGAUGAUGUUGAUAAGGCAUUGGAGGAAGAGGAUGGUGGUGAUAAGGAGAGUAAGGUGUUCGAGGAAGAAGAUGACGUAAAUAAUUACAUUCGCGAUGUUACAAACGAAGUACAGAAGGAACAUGGUGAUGUUGAUGAUAACAUGGAUGCAGAUGCUGCACAGAUGAUUGGUCAUGCUGAGAAGCAUGAGAAGGCAGAGGCUGAGAAGGCUGAGGCUGAGAAGGAUGAGAAGGCAAAGAAGAAAAAAAGAGGGGGAGAAUAG